AUGUCCAUCGACAUCGAGCGGGCGACUCUCAAAAAGGCCGCCGUCUCAACCCUGCCUCUCUGGGCAGAACAGGACCAGCGAAUCUCACUUCUUCUCAAUGAUCUGCCAGAAGAGACUACUCAGGAAUCCGACCAGAUGGCGGCCGGCCCGUCUCAGUUACCCCUAUUAGGCUCUUCCUCCACCUCCUCUGGUGUCUCAGAGGCUGUUCGCAACGGCACUGGCAGCACCAGCCACAGCCAUAGACCGUUGCAUGGCGCCAAAAGUCGUAGCACCCAAAACGGCUUAGCCAUUUCCACCAACUCUACCCUCCGACAAGGUGCACUUGCCACAGCAGCGGCAGCAACAGGGACAGGCAUAGGACACCAACAGGACUGGUCCGUCUUUGCGACCAUGAGCAACGUAUCCACACUGUCCGAAAUGGCACGCAAAUACCAUCACAACGCCACCUCUUCCUCCUCGUUCGUCUCCCCAACAUCGACCCUUCCAACGGAACCCCAGUCUGCUCAGAGUCCAGACGCCAAUGUUAUCUCCAGUCUGAGGAGGUUUCCUCAAAAGCUGGACGAGAUGUUCAAGCCACGAGCGACUGGACCUAUCAACGCCAUUUCGCCUACCGGAAGCGCAGGAUCACAUCCAAGUACUGCGACGGCGACUCCAAUCUGUACCUGCACCUGCCCAAACCACUCCCCUCAACAGCAACAACCGCAUUCGCCCUUCUUCAAGCGUGGUAGUCGACUGGGCCUCUCUCUCUCCAAACGACGCAACCAGAAGGAAUCCAUGGAGCUGAUGAGAGGAUACCCCACCGGCCAAUGCGUCUCUACCGACCCACCAGAGUCGACCAAUUGGGACGAAAAGGACGCAGAGCUGCCCUUGACCCAAGGAUACGAUGUGACCAGGAACACGGCCUUGAACUUGGAUGCGAUCAAGGGCUUCCUGAACUCUCCAUUGUUCUCCAAUUUCCUGAAAUCGUUGACGAUCAUAACGGCGGUUUCACUGUUUGCGAUAGCGCUGGAUACGAUUAUUAUCCUGGUCAAGGCCUCGAACAACAACCCGACUAUGACGCUCUCGAACGACAAUGCGGCCUUGAUUAUUACCACGAUCCUCUCCCUCCUGACGAUCGCCUACUCGUGCUUCACCAUCUUUCUGGAAUCCAGACGUCCGCCCGAAGGCCUCGAUACCUCCAACUCCAAACCUCUUUUCGUCAUCGUUUCCGAGAUUAUCGCGUCGAUCGUUUGGUCACAGGUCUUGUCGAUUACUAUCUAUAUCUACAUAUGGACCUAUGGCUGUACAGAAGCUGGGGCGGAGCAGUUGAAGAGGAUGUGGAACGAGGAUAUGCCGGAUCACCAUUUGACGGAUCGACUGUGUCGACGACAGGGAGCCAUGGUUGGAUUGGAGUUGUUGUUGGUCAUGUUGAUCAUCUUUAACUUUUAUACACAUCUUGCCCAGAACUUCAAAUUCAUUCGUGCUGUCUCUUAA